CUAUGGUGAUGGAGCUGAAUUUGGUUGUGUUUUAGGUUCUUGAGUGUGUUUGUUACUUGAGAUGGAUGGAUUUGUUGUGGCUGAGGCGAAGAACAGAGAAUCGCAGUGGUGAUGAGAAUUAGUCAGAUUAAGGUGGGGAGUUUUGUGCAGCAGCUGUGAGGUGGGUUUCACCAAAGGUCUCGUUGCUUUGUAUCCGCCUGAUUCGGGUGCGCUCUGACCUCACUGUCCGUACAUCUCUGGAUCUCGUACGAGAGCAUCUAUGUAUGAGAUGAGUUUCAUUAGAUGUAGCAUGUACGAGAUAAGUUUUAGUCUUGUCUAGGAAUUUCUAGUGAGGACAACGUCGCCCGAUAUCCAGCUAAAACCCUUGUAAACAAAGAUUGAUGGUAUUUUCAGAUGAUCAAGAAACAGGACAUAUUCAAAGAUGGGACAAAACAUAUCUUCAAGAAAUGGUAGAGCCUUUUCUGGUGCUGGAAAUCGCCUCCGUGAUCCUAGCAGCCGUGGUUGGGGCUUUGGUGUACCUUUAUGCACCGUAUUGGGGUGUUAGACACGUCCCCGGCCCUCCAGCAAUGCCUGUGGUCGGACACCUUCCGUUGCUCGCUGAAUAUGGCCCGGACGUGUACUCUAUUCUUGCCAAGUGCCACGGCCCUAUAUUCCGAUUUCAUAUGGGAAGGCAGCCACUAGUAAUAGUAGCAAAUGCAGAACUUUGCAGAGAAGUUGGGAUAAAAAAAUUCAAGUAUUUCUCCAACAGAAGCAUCCCUUCUCCCAUUGCAGCUUCUCCUCUUCAUCAAAAAGGCCUAUUCUUCACAAGGGACUCGAGGUGGUCAACCAUGCGCAACACGAUCCUCUCCCUCUACCAGCCGUCCCAUCUAGCCACGCUUAUCCCAACGAUGCAAGACUUGAUUGCAUCUGCCACAGAGGAUCUCGGGUCCAAUGACUUAACCUUCUCCGAUUUCUCUCUCAAACUGGCCACAGAUGUAAUUGGGAAGGCUGCGUUUGGUGUUGAUUUCGGCCUCUCCAAGCCAAGAUCGCGCAGGCAUGAAGAUGGCCGUGUUCAAGAAUUCAUCAACCAGCACGUCUACUCCACGAGCCAGCUCAAGAUGGACCUGUCCGGAUCAUUGUCCAUCAUUCUAGGGGUGCUCAUCCCGAUUCUUCAGGAACCUUUUCGCCAGAUCCUCAAGAGGAUCCCGGGCACAAUGGACUGGAAAGUGGAGCGUACAAACAUGGACUUGAGCAGGCGUCUGGAUGAGAUCGUGCAGAACAGAAUGAAGGAGGAGGUGAAUGAUGAUCCGGGCUCAAAGGAUUUCUUGUCACUUAUACUUGGGGCAAGGGAGACAGAGAAAGGUGCAAACAAGGCCUUCACUUCUGAUUAUGUCAGUGCUGUUACCUAUGAGCACCUCUUGGCAGGAUCAGCAACUACCUCGUUUACACUCUCUAGUGUCGUCUACCUUGUCGCUAGACAUCCAGACGUUGAGAAGAAGGUUAUAGAAGAGAUCGAUGGAUUCGGGCCUCAUCACCAAAUGCCUACUGCCCAUGAUCUUCAACACAAGUUCCCUUAUCUUGAUCUGGUCAUCAAAGAAGCAAUGAGAUUCUACACAGUUUCUCCCUUGGUUGCUAGAGAAACAUCAGCAGAAGUUAGCAUAGGAGGCUAUCUACUACCAAAGGGCACGUGGGUGUGGCUGGCACUCGGGGUUCUCACAAAAGAUCCGGUGAACUUCCCAGAGCCGGAGAAGUUCAGGCCAGAGAGGUUCGACCCAGAAGGCGAAGAGGAGAAGCAAAGGCAUCCUUACGCCUACAUUCCAUUUGGGAUCGGCCCUCGGGCUUGCAUUGGACAGAAAUUCUCCUUGCAAGAGCUCAAGCUGUCCCUGAUUCAUCUAUACAGGAAGUAUGUGUUCAGACAUUCUCCACUCAUGGAGAAUCCCCUGCAGCUUGAUUAUGGCUUAGUACUUAACUUUAGACACGGUGUUAAGGUUCGUGCCAUCAAACGUGAUGUUUGAAUGAUCCCAGAAUCAAGAACUUGUUCGUGCCAUCAAACGAGAUGUAUUGAUGGUCCGAGAAUCGAAUAAACUUGAAUAAAAUGAUCAAUAAACACAGUCUUGUUUUCUCA